UAAUACGUAACUUACACAACUUACAUAACUUACAUAAUACACAACUUACAUUACUAACAUAAUACAUAACUUACAUACAUAAAUAUAUAUCACAUAUAUCAUAACUUACAUAACUUAUUUAUACCUAUAAAUAAAUAACUUACUUGUGUAAUUUUUUGUCAACUUUAGACUUCAAUAAUUAAGAAAUGGACCGGUCUUGGAUGAACUUGUGUAAUACUGCUCGUGGAAUUAAGCAAGAUCAAAUUGGUUUUACAAUGGUGAACUUUGCUUGAUUGAUUCACACAGGACAACAACUGAUAGAUGAGCCGUAUGUAUUCUCAUCUCAAGUCAAACAAUUUUUUUACUCAAUGGAUUUCAAGAGCGUAUUCACUUUUACAAGAGUGUUCAUACCUAAAAAGCGGGUAUCUAUCAAAUAGAUAGUUUGCUCAAAAAGGUAUACAAAUAGAUAGUUUUUUAUGUGUAUUGCAGAUAAAAUGCCUAGAAAAAAAAUUCGAGAUCUAAGCAUUGUUCAAAAUGCUCCAAACUCGGUAGAAACAAAUAGUGAACAACAGACAGCUAUUGGAUCUUCGAAUGUUCCGAUUACACCUGAGGAUCCUACUGAAGUUUAAACUGAAAAUGGUGGGACGCGCAGAGGUCGAGGACGUACGCUAUUUAGAGAUUUAUACGAGUUAGAUCCAGUUGAGCAUGUCCAAGUAUCCAGAAACAGUUUUGGUCAGCCUGUUGGAUCAGAAGCUCGACUUUUAGCAGGAUACUUGGGAAUUUUAGCACGAAAUGCAAAUAUGUUGCCUAUCAACUACGAGUCAUGGCAUCAAAUGCCCGAUAGUAACAAAAACCAAGCCCUCCAUAAUAUUAAGGCGAGGUUUGCUUUAGAGGUCUCGGAUACUUAUGUAAAGAAGGCAUUGGGAAAAAGAUGGAGAGACCAUAAAAGUACUUUAUAGAAAGAUUAUUAUAAGACAAAAACAACCCUCAAAGAGAAAUUGCAAAAUGUCCUGCCGAGUAUGCUGAGGUACCAAUGGGAAGAUGCGGUUAGAUUUUGGCAUUCGAAGAAAGACGAGGAAUUGUCGUCCGGUCAAAAAGUUAGACGCCUUCAACUUUUUGAAAUUACACAUAGGAAGAAAGAUGGAUCUCCUAUGACUCCUGAAGCUGCAGAAAUUAUGGAAAAACUAAAGGAUAAAAAGGCGGAGUAUGAAGCGAUUGCUUCCAAUGAUAGUUCUAUUCAUCUUGAAGACAUUGAUAACCAGAUUAUUACUGAAGUUUUGGGUCCUGAAAGGUAUGGUCGGGUUCGAUUUCAAGGAUCUUUUGUUAACCCAACCCAAUAUUUUAGAUCCAGCUCAUAGCAAUACAUGCCUUCGGGGAGAUAGGCUCAAGCUGAAGUUCAGAGGUUAAAAGACCAGAUGGCUCAGAUGCAAGCGACCACAGUUGAGGUUCAAAGGAAAUAUGAAGAACUCCAGCUACAACUUAAAGCAGAGGCGGCAGCGAGGGAAGCAGAGCAGAGCAGAAAGUACGACGAACUCUAACGGCAGCUUCAAUAUAUGAUGAAGAUGUUUCAACAGCCGUAACAUCCGCCGUCAUAGUGUAUUGUAUAAAAAAUUUUAUCAUUUUAACUUUUAACAUUUUUGUAAAAAUAAUAUGAAUUAUAUUUUAUUUAUUGAUAUUUAUAUUAUUUUAUUCGUUUAA